CUGUGCGUCCACGCGCUCUGUGAGACCUCGUAGUAUUGUUUGGGAAUACGGGCAUAAGUUAUUUAAAAAAGAAUGUGCGAGGGUAUUCACCCAACAAUCUACACCUCGAUAUGGGUGGAUCACUUAUUAAGGGCUCGCAACGAAACGCCCACUGCUGGGCAAACACCUCCGAAGAUUUUCACAACCGGAUACAAAGCCUACUCGCAAUCCCAGUCGCACUCUGUAAACCUGGUCUCCGAAGACCUGGUGGCUGGCCACCGGCCCCACGGCAAGAUGUCCACGGUCCGAAGGUUCUUCUGCCUCUUCGUGACCUUUGAUUUGCUGUUCACCAGUUUGAUGUGGCUGAUUUGUGUUAUGAUGCGCGGCGAGACACUACAACAGAUAUUCGACAGAGAAAUAAUACAUUACAACAUGAAAACGUCCCUUUUCGACAUAGUACUGGUAGCCAUCAGUCGGUUCACACUACUACUUCUGUUCUACGCUCUUCUGUACAUCAACAACUGGAGUGUCAUAGCAAUCUCAACGGGAGGGACUUGUCUCUUCUUAAUAGCGAAAGUUUAUGUGUUCGAUUGGCCGGACUCAUCGCAACCUGUGUACCAAGUGUUCCUAAUACUCACUUCUUUCACCCUCUCCUGGGGUGAGACGUGGUUUUUGGACUUCAGAGUGCUACCGCAAGAGUUGCAGGCCAAACAGAUUUUGGACUCUAUUGCCCACCAAGGGCCCUCAGAACGCACCCCCCUCUUACCCCCGCGGCCCGCUGGGUCCGCGUACGGGGAGUCCACCGUGAACUGGUUCUCGCCGGUUGACACGCCCGAGGGGAGUCCGCGCCCGCGCCGCGCCGGCGAGCCGGUUAUACUCACGCAGGAACAGAUAGACGAGUACAAAACGCAAGCUGAAGAGAGCAUGCAGAACGCCUGGCGAGUGAUCCAGCUGCCCAACUGGACGCUGGAAAAGCGAGGAGCCAACGGGGACCUGGUGGAGUCCAAGAGAACCGACCAGCUCGGGAAGGUCUAUAGGUUUACGGGUAUCGUCGAGUGCCCACCAAAGUUCCUGUUCGAAGAGUUCAGAGAUAACCUCACGAAGCUUCCGGAAUGGAACCCCACCAUUUUGAAGAGCGAGCUCAUCAAGGAAAUCGCACCAGGUAUCGACCUCUCGUACCAAGUGACCGCGGGCGGCGGUCGCGGUAUUAUCGCUCCGCGCGACUUUGUCAUACUGCGACGAGCGGCCAUGCUGUCGCGCGACGGUCGCGUGGUAACGGAGGAGCCCCACAGUUACAUCAGCAGUGGGAUUAGUGUGCAGGUGCCUGGGUACCCGCCGCAUAGGGAUAUGGUCAGAGGCCACAACAAGGUGGGCUGCUGGUACAUGAAGCCGGUCAACGGCAAGUCGUCCGGCGGCCGUAUAGAACAGUUCACAAGCUUCCAAUGGCUCAUGUGCUGCGAUCUUAAAGGAAAAAUACCUCAAUUCGUCCUUGACGCAGCGUUCGCUUCAGUUAUGCUAGACUACAUUGUCCACGUCAGAAAAUUCGCAGCUGAAUCCAAAGCAGCCGGAAAAUUCUAGUCCAAAGACGUUUCAGUUGUGUGACAGACGCUACGUUUCAGCGACGUUUCACACGCGAGAAACUGAAAUAGUGAUGUGGAAUGAACGUUUCACACGUGAGAAACUGAAAUAGUGAUGUGGAAUGAACGUUUCACACGUGAGAAAGUGUGGUGGAAUGUGAUAUUUCAUUAGUGUAAUUUUGUGACAGUUUCGUGUGUGUGAAAUGUGAAUAAUAGUUUCAGUUGUGAUUUAAGUUUCAAAAGGAAAUAGUAAGUAUAAAUAUUUGUGAACAUGUUUUAUACCAUUAAAGGCCGAUUUUUUAAUCGUCAGAUAUCUUUUAACUGAAGGAUAAACUUGUCAUUUUGACAUAUUUCCCAUACUAACUUAUUCUUCAGUUAAAAAUUAUCCGACGAUUGAAAAAUCAGCACUGAUAUAAAUAAGCAUUGAUGAUAGUUUUAGAUAUAAGUGAAUACGGUGUUGUUACAAUGUUCCACAACAUUAAAAGACAUUUCAACUGUGACAAAGUUACACUACUGAAAAUGUUACAAUUUCAACUGUGAACAUUAUUUCACAAGUGAAUAAUUGCGUUUCACAAAUUUGACAGUUCCAUCAGUGACAUUGUUUUACAAUUGAACUUUAAUUUGAGUUUCUUAAGUGAUGUUUAUAAUGGCGUAUACAUACAGGGUGUUAGGUAAAUGGGUAUAAAGCUAACACUCGAAUCAAAUUUAGUUUCCCAUAAGAUAGGCCCCCUUAAUUGAUAUUUAUUGUCCGUGGUGCAUAAUCUUUUCUUAAAGUUUUUAAACCUUUGUCACCUGUCAUCCGC